AUGGUGUCACGCGACACGUGUGCCAACGCAGCGCAUAGAUGGUGCAAGCUCUUUAAGCGUGCACGCGCCUUAAGGUUUACUAUAAAGAGGGACGAGCUGCCCGUAAGCCAUCGCACCCGUGCGCAGAUCUCAAACAAGACCGCUGGUAGAGUUAUCUGCUCAAGGACUAGGCUAAAGGAAAAAGGUCCUCUUCGUCUAGCCGGCGCACUUUAGGUAACUCAGCUGCGAAUUUACCCAUUCUGAGAAGUUAUGAAGAUCAUCUGUUUUUGCCUGGUGCUGUGCGUUGCUGCUACCAUUUUGGCUCACUCGCCUCAUGGUCCGGGUGGCCGCAGGAGAGGUGGACCCCGUGGAUUCGGAAGAAGACCUGCGCUGUGGUUUGCUCCAGGACUUCUUCGUCAGCUGUGCGACCAAAUCCGGUUCCCAACGACUGCGACUGCGAUUCCAGGAGUUACAACUGAUGGCAGCAGCGUGAGCGUCUCAUUUGCCAGUGAAUCUACGAUGGUUUCAUCACCCUCCGACUCUGCAUUUACAUCUUCGAGCACUGAAAUGACGCCCCAGGGAAUCACAUUCACUCUGGUUGGUUGACGUCACCGUUGCAGCACAAAUAGAAUGACAUCUGGUGCAACAUAUAAUUAUUGUUCUUGUUGAAACAAGAAGGUAGUGCGACGAUGAUAAAGCAGAUGUAUGGAAAGUGUACAAUGAAUAAAUAAAGAGGAGCGCAUUAAAAUUGA